UUCUCGUUGAUUCCGACGCGUAUCCUGUGCGUUGCCAUUUCCAAGCUCACUGAGCAUUGUCGUGCCGUUCGCUUUCCAGCCGUCGACGCAUUGCAGUUGACCAGUUUCGCCUGGCCACGGAGGAGCUGCUGCAGAGGUCUUAGCAGGCAUUCACUUCGUGGUUACGAUCAAGGCCGCCCCGCUCAGGCAGACAUUGUCUUCCCAAGCCGAGCAAUUGCUGCCGGCGCGCACAGGCCAUCGCAUCAUGGCUGCCACAUCGUCGGCUCCCAAGCCAGGCGCCGACUUGCAAUCGCCGACCCUAACAAUGACUGACGAGCACUUUUUCGGAUCUUUGCCUCUAAAGAUGCAGGGCAACUGGGCCCGCGCCUCGGGAGCCUCCGACCCAUCCUCCUCCUAUAUCACUACGAGUCUCCCGGAGCUGCCCUUGAUCAAGCCCCAAGACUCAGCCUCUGCGGGCGCAGUCCUAGAUGCACCCACCAUUGCUUGGUCCCAUGCCAUACCAGAACCUUUCAGUCCCAGCCUUGACAUGGGCAACUGGUGUGGUCCUUUGUCUGCCACCCCCUUUGCCCCCGACCACAACGACGAGGCUGACAGCGACAUGCUCAUUCCCUAUCACACGCCGACAACUGGCACCGACGUAUCUGCCACCGGCACUACCCCAACAGAGGGGGGCGUUCUAUUGCCGGGGUUGCCCCUUGAAGCCGUGGGCUUUGAUGAUUUUAAUAUGGAUGAUUCGCAUGAUGUAUCAGACCUGGACUUUUUGACCAGCAUGGCUGAGUCAGACGGACUUUCCCCCGAACAAACCCCGCUCGAUCCGCCCCAUUCCAUCGUGGACACCAAGCAAGCAAAUCAAAACGAGGCCACGGCCGCCAAGAAGCCCACCAAGCCUCGCCGCCGCCGUCGCCGCCCCGCCAUUGGCGACCUACCACCAGAAAAGCAAGUUGCUCAAAGAGCAAGGGCACGCGCUGCCCUCCGACGCCGGCGAGCACGCCAGGUCGCGCAAGAUGCCGUGCGCAAUCAUCUCUUGGCACGCGCCAAUGAACGACAACGCGCCCUUCAUCAAGAGCUCACGCGUCUCCAUGGUCAGCGUCAAAUUCUUUUGCAGUACAUUAUCGCCAAGCUGUCUGCGGCCUCACAACUACCGCUCAACACAUCCAUCAAUGACAUGGCCAUCGCCACUGGCAACGACAAAGCCGAGAAUAACAUUCCCGAGAUUCAGAGCGAAACUUCCACCACAACAAGUCCCAAACCCGGUCUUCUGUCACAUGUUCAUGAGGCCAAAGCACCAAUCAACCCCAGCGCGCGUUUGCCCCUGAAGCAAGCGCUACCUGGCGGUGACAUCGAGCUUACGACCGAGCUCAAUUUUGCUGAUCUCGAAGGCGCUAAUCUAGACCAGGCCUGGAGCGCACCAUAAGCCAUCUGCAUCGCGCUCAAGGGCUACUUGCUCCACAACCGCGGCCAAGUUGAGGCCCUUGACCUCUCCUGUGAUAUCACACCACAACAUGGAAAUGAGGACGCCGGCUUCUGAGUGAAAUCGUGCGUUGCAAACUGUCAACUCCGCAUAGCGGAUGGGUCGGAUGGUCUUUCUCUGUGCAGAUAGAGGCGGGCUGCGCAUAGUGUCCAAAACGUUGAAGGCCCGCUAAAAUUAUGCGUUCUUUGAGAUCGUGGAGCUCCUUACCUUGCGAGUCUUUCAUGUAAAUAUGAAUGUAAUCUGUACCGCGAAUUCGCAGCGUGGCAUCCUUUUCCUGGCGUGCAUGACAUUGAUCCAGUCAGCAUGAGUGAAGAGAGUUUUGCACCACUCCCACGUGCGCCCUUGUGCUCUGUUCGGGCAACGGUGCGUGUGCAUGUAUGUAUUCCAAUGUGUUUCUGCAGGCGUGUCUGCAGAAGACAAAAACCAGUGUGAUUUAUAUCCUGAUAGGCUUCUUUCCAUCAGUCUGAUAUGGUGCGCGAGCCAUAUCGACUCUCCCCCUCCCUGUUAUCCUUUUUGUUUUUGUCAUUGCCUUGUGUCGGGCAUGCUAGUUUCAUUCAAGCUAUACCAUCCAGUCUCUGAUUUGUGAGCAAAGAAUCCAGCCUCUGUGCGCG